UGUGAGGACAUCUACCGUGAAAUUUACUUAGUUUUCCGCGCUGAGCCAAACGACAAGGCCGCUAAAAUCAAGGCCUUUGAAGAAGGUCUGGCACAGUCUCUGUUUAAGUUGGUUACAUCAUCACUCGAAGCCGGUGGUGGAAAACAUGUGACCGGGAAUCGAAUUACUUUGGCCGAUCUGGUGUUGUUCACCACCCUGGACCAGGUGGAGGAAGUGAUGCCAGGCUAUUUGGGAAAGCACUACCCAAAACUGCAUGAAUUUCAUACGUCAUUGCCAAACGCUUGUCCCCGACUGGCCAGUUAUCUGAAAUCGAGGCCGAAACUUCCGUUCUAA